AUGACGCUACUGUUGGGAUCAGGCAAGAAAAGGAAGGUUGCAAAAAGAGCCUGUUUGGCCUGUCGUAAAAGAAAGAUUCGUUGCGAUGGAGAAACCAGGGGGACUGUUGUGGAAGAUGGUCAACGUGUUUGCAGUAACUGUGCCAAUCAUGGUUUAAAGUGCAUUUUUGUUCGGUCGCAGAGAGGCGGCAGAAGGAUGCCAAGAAAAAAAUUACAACAUGCAACUUCUGAAAAUAAAACAUCAUGCAUUGAUAGUAACGAUACUAAUCGGCAAGGUUAUAAAGAGUCUCCGUUCCAAACGUUUAACGCACUGCAAAUCGCUAAUUUGGAUAACUCCAAUUGUGUGAGUGUUCCUCGGGAAACACCAGUAAUUAAUCAUGGUCGUACCUCGGCGUCUUUCAUUAAUUGCGGAGUGACUCAGCUUUCCCACAUACAGAGUACCUUUCUUCCACCCCCGAUAUACCGGCAUACUAAUUCUCACUUGGGAAAUGUAAUGCUUCCGCUUCCUCAAAGAGAGCCGCAAACUCAAACUUCUUGGCAGCAUGCGCAGUUCGUUUGGCAGCGUGAUGCAGGAUACCAGCAUAUAUCUUUGUUAAAUUUAGAACAACACAAUUUAUCAAGCCACCGCGGUAGUACCACUCUUCCAAAUAUUGUGCAUCUGUCAGAACAGCGAGCAUUGAACUUUAGUUAUGAGAGUGCGAUACCUUCUCUCACUGGCCCCUUUAAUUGCUUACCGCAUCCAAAUCCUCAUGUUCCAGCAGUGGUUGAGAAAGAUACAGGUUUGUAUCUUGGAUUGCCGCCAGACGAUAUUAUGAAUCGGCUUAUUGAUUUGUUUUCAAAAUAUAUUCAGCCUCAUUUGAAGGUAUUGCCAGACAAGGAUAAGCUCCUAAGGAAUUUAACCUUUACUCCAAACAUUGCUGUUGUUCAUGCAAUGCUUCUUUCUGCUACGCCAUUUGAUACUUUAGAAGAUAGUUAUAAUGUGGACUAUUUUUGGGAUAUGGUUAUAAAAUACUGGCCAAGGUUGGAUGGUGUCUUCCCUGUUAUUCAGUGUUCACUGCUACUCGGUUAUUACUACCUUAAACACAAACGUCGCAAUCGAACUGUAGAAGCGAUAUUUGAUAAGUUAAUUAGACUUGUUGUCACGGAGAAGGUAGUCAAAUGUCUAGAACAAGAUAUUGAAUACCUCGACUUUAUCAAAGUUGCUCCACUGCACACGACAAAAAUAUCUAACUACAAUUACUACUUAUUGUCUCAGAUAUUUUAUAUGAUUCAGAAGAUAAGGCUUGUAUCAAAAAACAGUAACUGGUUGUGCUCUACUUUAGAAGAAUUACGGAUUGAGAACCUGGAAAGCACAUUACUUCCUCUAAGACCAACACUUACACCAUUUAGUGUUGAACGUACACUAAACUUUCAGGGCAACAUGCAAGAAACUUUAGAAUUAGAUAAUAUUGUGUCCUCGAUAGAACACCAACUUUGUUUGGCUUACAACAGAUGGGUUGAAGGUGGAAUAUCAUCGCAUGAUUUUGUCACAGUCUUGGGGAAAGUUCAACCCGCAAUCAACUCUUCUAUCUACAAUUAUUGUCCCUGCUGCAAUACAAUGAUACUCUCAAUACUUGGUUUAAAUGUGAAAAUGUUGUCUAUGGCAAUGAUUUUCGAAUAUCUUUCGACAAGCUGUCAAAUGAUAGGCUACAAUAAACUCAAACUAUCCAUCGAUUUAAGGUCACCUUCCAUGAAUACCCCAACAUUAGAAUCAAUGCAGAUGGCUGUAUCAGGAGUAAUAAAUACUUUUGAUAUUACUACUAUGAAACUGCUUUUGUAUUAUGGCAGUAAUCUUUUGGAUCUGUUAUCUCUAUUAGAACUAGCAGAAGGCAUUCUUCCUGAUAUCUCUGUGGGUUUAAAACACCCAUACCAAGCGCCACUUAGAGCUGAGACAGUGAUAAUGUAUUCAGGUGUUUCUAAACCAGACCCUCAUUCAGCUUCAACUUUUUCAAAUCUUCCACACUCUAACCCUCCAACGUCUAAAAACCAAGCUACAUACCAGAAAUACUGUGGUUAUCGAUAUGAACGGAGAAAUCCUCAUUGGAACUUUGAACGCGACUGCUUAUUCAAGAAGAGAGGUUCCAUGUUGAAAAAAUCCAAUGUUUCUCUACCAACUGAUAUCUGGAAUCAAUAUCCAGUAAUUUUAGACAGUGUUUUAAUUGAACUACUUCCUACUUUAAUUAUUGUGGCUUUUACAUUUCACAUGUUUCUAAAAGUUUGCCGUGUCGGUUCGGAAUGGAAACUCGUUACUUCUAACGGCAAUUGCUUAUCAUUAGAUAUGGCAACUACUGAUGAUAACCUUAAACUAAUUAUUGCAGGAUCAUUCCCUUUUCACUUAAUUCCUGCUGAAGAACUUAAUGACCAUGUCCUAUGCUCUGUAUUGGAAAAAAUGCUGGAGCAUGGAACAAUAUUUAAAAAACUACAGACUGCAAUACAGUUUUUAAUAUUAAGGGUUGAAAACUCUGACUAUGGAAAUAUUCUAGUUACCAAUCUGGAAAAACUAAUUCAAUUAAUAGAUCACGUAAUUAGAUAA